GAAGUUUAGCCAAUAUAUUUAUUGUUCCCAGUGGGACUGUUGUAAAAAUGGCGGCGUCUCGUCGCUCUACUCAUCAGCAACAACAGAGCAUAACCUCGCCACCUCGCAGUACUUCUCUUUCCCUCACUUCUCCGGGAUCUCCUCCAGUUCCCGGUGGUGGAGUAAUUUCGGCUCCAGCGGGUGCUGAACUAGACAGCGCCGGUGAUCCAUUGUUAACUCCGGCCUCCCCCGAUAUCCCCGCCCCGGCCCUGAGCAGUAGCACCAGCUCCACUAAUGUUAGUACCACCGGGGGUGGCAGCAGCGCUGGCUCCAGUCCUGACUCGGGUAGCACUAGCCCCACGGGCGGCGACUGCGAGACAAGCGGGGCUUUCAGAGAGUUGUUUGAAGCCUGUCGCACUGGGGAUGUAUCGCGUGUGAAGAGGCUGGUGGAUACGGUUAACGUGAAUGCCAAGGACAUGGCUGGGCGAAAAUCCACUCCGCUGCACUUCGCUGCAGGAUUUGGGAGGAAGGAUGUUGUGGAGCACCUCCUUGAGACAGGGGCCGACGUUCACGCCCGUGAUGAUGGAGGUUUGAUCCCUCUGCAUAAUGCCUGCUCCUUUGGCCACGCUGAGGUGGUCAGCCUGCUCCUCUGUCAGGGUGCUGACCCAAACGCCCGGGACAACUGGAACUACACACCGCUCCACGAGGCUGCCAUCAAGGGCAAAUUAGACGUGUGCAUCGUGCUGCUCCAGCAUGGAGCUGACCCCAACAUUCGCAACACUGACGGCAAGAGUGCCCUGGACCUGGCCGAUCCAUCCGCCAAGGCUGUGCUCACCGGUGAAUACAAGAAGGACGAACUCCUGGAGGCAGCUAGGAGUGGAAAUGAAGAGAAGCUCAUGGCCCUGCUCACUCCGUUAAACGUCAACUGCCACGCAAGCGACGGCCGCAAGUCGACAUCUCAAAAAAUGCUGUCCACCCCUCUCCACCUGGCAGCAGGGUACAACCGGGUCAGAAUAGUACAGCUCCUACUACAGCACGGUGCCGACGUACAUGCAAAGGACAAAGGGGGUCUGGUUCCUCUCCAUAAUGCCUGUUCAUAUGGUCACUACGAAGUCACAGAGCUUCUGCUGAAGCAUGGAGCGUGUGUUAACGCCAUGGACCUGUGGCAGUUCACCCCUCUCCACGAGGCUGCCUCGAAGAACCGCGUGGAGGUGUGUUCUCUGCUGCUGAGCCACGGGGCCGACCCCUCCCUGGUCAACUGUCACGGGAAGAGCGCUGUGGACAUGGCCCCCACCCCGGAGCUUAAAGAGAGACUCACUUAUGAGUUUAAGGGUCACUCUCUGCUCCAGGCAGCGCGGGAGGCAGACAUGGCCAAGGCCAAGAAGACCCUCGCUCUAGAGAUCAUCAACUUCAAACACCCACAGACCCACGAGACGGCACUGCACUGUUCAGUGGCCUCUCCUCACCCCAAGCGGAAGCAGGUCACAGAGCUGCUGUUACGUAAAGGUGCCAACGUCAAUGAGAAGAACAAGGACUUCAUGACUCCCCUACACGUGGCUGCUGAGAGGGCACACAAUGACAUCAUGGAGGUGUUACAGAAACAUGGAGCGAAGAUGAAUGCGCUGGACACCCUGGGCCAGACGGCCCUGCACCGUGCUGCCAUGGCAGGACACCUCCAGACCUGCAGAUUGCUGCUGAGCUACGGCGCAGACGCCUCCAUCCUCUCACUACAGGGAUUCACUGCCUCACAGAUGGGCAACGAGGCCGUGCAGCAGAUACUCAGUGAAAAUGUUCCAGUGAGGAACUCUGAUGUAGACUAUCAACUCCUGGAGGUAGCUAAAGCUGGAGACCUGGACACUGUGAAGUCAUUGUGCUCUCCACAGAAUGUGAAUUGUCGGGACCUGGAGGGUCGUCACUCCACGCCGCUGCACUUCGCUGCCGGCUACAACCGUGUGGCGGUGGUGGAGUACCUGCUGCAUCAUGGGGCCGACGUCCAUGCUAAAGACAAGGGAGGUCUGGUGCCCCUGCACAACGCCUGUUCCUAUGGUCACUAUGAGGUGGCUGAGUUGCUGGUGAGACACGGGGCGUCGGUGAACGUGGCAGACCUGUGGAAGUUCACUCCUCUCCACGAGGCUGCAGCCAAGGGCAAAUACGAGAUCUGCAAGCUGCUCCUCAAGCAUGGGGCAGACCCGACCAAGAAAAACCGUGAUGGCAACACUCCUCUGGACAUGGUAAAGGAGGGGGACACGGACAUCCAGGACCUGCUGAGAGGAGACGCUGCCCUGUUGGACGCUGCGAAGAAGGGCUGUCUGGCCCGCGUCCAAAAACUCUGUAGCCCAGAGAACAUCAACUGUAGAGACACACAGGGACGCAAUUCCACCCCCCUGCACCUUGCAGCUGGCUACAAUAACCUGGAGGUAGCAGAGUACCUGCUGGAGCAUGGAGCUGAUGUCAACGCCCAAGACAAGGGGGGUCUCAUUCCCCUCCACAACGCUGCCUCUUACGGGCACGUGGAUAUAGCUGCUCUCCUGAUCAAGUACAACACGUGUGUGAACGCUACAGAUAAGUGGGCCUUCACCCCGCUCCACGAAGCGGCUCAGAAAGGCCGGACCCAGCUGUGUGCUCUGCUACUGGCCCACGGAGCUGACCCUAGCAUGAAGAACCAGGAGGGACAGACGCCACUGGACCUGGCUACGGCUGAUGACAUCAGAGCACUGCUGAUAGAUGCCCUGCCCAGCUGCUUCAAGCCUCAGGCCACGGUGGUCAGCGCCUCAGUGGUCAGUGCAGCAGUCAUCUCUCCGGCGUCCACGCCCUCCUGCUUGUCUGCAGCCAGUAGCAUAGACAACCUGGCCGGGUCCCUCAGCGAGCUCACUGUGGCUGGAGCCACCGGGCCUGCAGAUGGAGCCACCGGGUCCGACAGGAAGGACGGAGAGACCAUCUUAGACAUGAACAUCAGCCAGUUCCUGAAGAGCUUGGGGUUGGAGCACCUGCGCGACAUCUUCGAGAGGGAACAGAUUUCGCUGGAUGUCCUGGCUGAUAUGGGCCACGAGGAGCUGAAGGAGAUUGGGAUCAACGCCUACGGUCACCGCCACAAACUCGUCAAAGGCGUGGAGAGACUCCUGGGAGGACAGCAAGGUGCUAACCCGUACCUGACGUUCCACUGUGCCAGUCAGGGUACGGUGCUCAUAGACCUGGCCACUGACGAUAAGGAGUUCCAGUCUGUAGAAGAGGAAUUGCAAAGUACGAUCCGAGAGCACCGGGACGGAGGCAACGCAGGUGGGGUCUUCAGCAGGUACAACAUUCUAAAGAUCCAGAAGGUGGUGAAUAAGAAGUUGAGGGAGAGGUACUCACACAGACAGAAAGAGAUUGCUGAUGAAAACCACAACCAUCACAACGAACGCAUGCUUUUCCACGGUUCUCCAUUCAUCAACGCUAUCAUACAUAAGGGUUUUGACGAGCGGCAUGCCUACAUCGGAGGCAUGUUCGGAGCGGGCAUCUAUUUUGCAGAGAACUCCUCCAAGAGUAACCAGUACGUGUAUGGGAUAGGAGGGGGCACGGGCUGCCCCACACACAAAGACCGCUCCUGCUACAUCUGCCACAGGCAGAUGUUGUUCUGCAGAGUGACCCUGGGCAAGUCCUUCCUCCAGUUCAGUGCCAUGAAGAUGGCCCAUGCCCCCCCUGGACACCACUCGGUAAUCGGCCGGCCAAGCGUCAACGGACUGGCAUACGCAGAGUAUGUCAUCUACAGAGGAGAACAGGCAUACCCAGAGUACCUCAUCACGUAUCAGAUCCUGAAGCCAGAGAGCACACCCUCCCCCACAGCCGGAGCAGAACAGAAGACCUAGUCCAGACUCAACCAGACCAACUCACACCCAUCUUUACUGGGAGAGAACCAACCACAGAGACUGUUACCCAAAACACUACUUCGCACAUUCUGGGCAGAGCCGGGACGAACUUCAGCCCCUUAAAUUAACUCCACACCCCUGGAAAGAUGUCUUUCCUCCUCUUUUUUUUUCUAUUUCACUCACUAUAAAUGACUAGUUCCUCACAACCACAACCAUUUAUUUUCCCAAAUGUUUUGUUUUGAUUUUUUCCCUCGUCCUUCUUUAGUGUUUACUUGAAAAUGUUGCCUUCACUGGGAAUCGUCUCUAGAGUCAUGUUGUCGCCUCCCUAGUGCCCAUGCUCCCAGGUCUCUCUCAUGGUUUCCCUUGGUGAUUGUUGUCACUGGUUACGGCCAAAUAGAGAGAACCAAGUGGAUAAGGUUUAUGUUAGGACAGACAUGGGGACUCAAAGCUCAUUGGUUAGUGGUUAAGGUUAGAGGUGGGGACUCAAAGCUUAUUGGUUAGUGGUUAUGGUUAGAAAUAGGGGACUCAAAGCUCAUUGGUUAGCGGUAAGGCUCAGAGAUAAGGACUCUUGCCAGUCUGCCUUUACCUGAGUGAUAGCUACCCCAGUGAAACAUGGCAGAGACUCCUCUACCUAUCCCUCAGACAGGGAUUUGUAGGUAAAGAUCAGGGUGGAUGUACUAGUAUGCAGUAUACUAGCCUCAGUCCCAGUCCUGUGUCUUCAACAAGCCUGGCAAGGGAAGCUGCUGUACACAGACCCCAGACCCAGGUCAUGUGACUGAAAAAACAACCAAUAACCUCUCCCUUUCCGUUCCAGCACACACUUUUUUUUUUUUAGCUCAUCAAAGCAUUACACUUCAUUUAUCCUAUUAGCUCUGUAUUAUUUUGUGAUAUUUCCAUGAUUGUUUUACUUAAUUGUUUGGACUUUGUUUUUAAAGAUGAUGUGUAAAGUGUAUAAUGGGACCAUGUCACAAUGGGGACCAGACCUAGAGGUUUUUGACCCCUUUGUUUUUUAAAGUUGAGAUGAUAUAUGAUAUUCCUCUCUGGGACCAUUAGGGGAUUCCUCUCUGUUACUGGAAUUGGGAUAUCCUCAGAAAGGUUUCAGAUUGGGACAGAAAUUGAGUUAAGUGAGAAAGUAAAGAAAGCUAUGAGACAUUUAUUACUAUUAUUAUAACAUUACUUUGCACAAGAAAACACUGAACAUCUGACUUUUCAUGACCAUUUCCCAUCCAGUCAAACUCAUCUUUUAAUGGAUUUGCACUUUUAAACGGGAAUGAUUUUUAAGUUAUUGAAAAUAACGUUGAAAAAAAGAUGUCCGGUAUUGUAGAGUGUGUAGCAGAUGAUGCCUUUGUUAUAGCUCACCAUGUUGUUAACAGAUGAAGAGUGGGCUGUAUUAGUACUGUAAAUUAAGUGGGGGUUUUGUGGAACUUCUAUGCUUAAAAAAAAAAUGUGUGGGGAUGUAAGGGAUUUUUCAGUUGAGUAAGUUGCUCUUAAGACUAACUGUUUGCAGCUGUUUUUCCGAUCUCUUUCUUGGUCAGUCUGCCACAUUCAUCCCUCUGCUCGGUGUCCUCUUUGAGAAGUAAACAAUAACUUUUCUUUCUUCCUACUGGAUUUGUUAACCAUCCUCUGGGAAAUAACAGUUUGAAGCGACAGAAGAAGCAAUGGCUGGUUUGAAUGCCACAUCCUGUAGUCUGUAUUGGAGGACAGUGUCUCUGUCCUUACUCUCACUAGCUGGGCUCUCUCUGCAUCUUGCCGGUGUGGUGCUGUGCUUUCCCUGCUGUUUCAGAUACCACCUCCAGAACUGCCUGCGCUUUGACCUGGAUGUUAACCCAUCCAUUUCUUACAACCUGGAGUGAUUCCCAAAUGGCACCCUAUUCCCUAUAUAGUGCACUACUUUUGACCAGUGCCCUACUUUUGACGAGUGCCCUACUGGCCCUGGUCAAAAGUAAUUAACUAUAUAGGGAAUAGGGUGCUAUUUGGGACUGAACCCUGGUCUUAAAGGAAAAUACCAGUCAAAAACUAUAUUUUGGUAUUUGUUUCAUUAUUCUACUGUUGAUAGUUCCUAAAUGUUUUGCAUGUCAGCAAUCAAGUUUUCAAGAUAUAGAACUUUCAAAAUACAGAACGUGGCCCAGUAUGAAGCGUUUCGCAACAGUGGACUAAAGAAGCAAAUACCAAAAGAUAGUUUGACUGGAAUUUUCCUUUAAUCUCCACUCUUUUCUUCAGACCAACACCUGGAGAGAGCCUCGCUGCCUCUUACUUACUUCCUACUACAGUUCUUAUCGUAUUUUUUUCACAAUUGUAUUUUGUUUUCCUGGUGCUGAAAAGAUCCUUCACUGACUAUCAUGUACCACAGCUGAUCUGGAGACUAAUGUAAUACUCCACAGUGUUGUAAAGAAGUAUUAAUAAAGUACAUAACUGUUCACAUCCAA